AUGGCUGUGGUGGUGAAUUUCUUAACCGAAAAACGUCACAGUUUUUUGCAAUAUUUACAAAUUGUGCAGCCGUUGCGGGAUCGCGCCAGAGAAUCUCAUAAAGUUUUGCUCGCUAUCGUCUUUGUCACUAACCUGGUAGAUAACCUGUUGCUAACAUCUGUUGUGCCCAUCAUACCACAGUUUCUGUUAAACCUAGACAGGAAAGAAUUUGACAUUGGCAGGCACAAUCUUACGGAAAUUAUAACGACAGACUCUAGGAUUAAGCCAUACCAUGGUGAUGAAAAGUAUGACAACCUGACUAACGGUGGACAGUUCAACUACAGCCACGAUGUCGCCCAGGGAUUUUCAGUGUCCUCUGUAGCAAUGAGUGAAAAUGGACGAGUUGGUUGGUUGCUAUCUUCUAAGGCGAUAGUUCAGCUUUUCGCCAAUCCUUUUGUUGGACCGUUGUGUAACAAAGUGGGUUACCCAUUAGUGCUACUAGUUGGUGCAUCGUUAUUCUUCAUCUCUUCCAUUGUGUUUGCCAUUGCUGAAAGUUACAUCCCGCUCUUCAUUGCUCGAUCCGUGCAGGGAUUUGGUUCUGCCGCUGCAACUAUUGCAGGAAUGAGUAUUGUAGCUCAGAGCUACCCUGACGACUGUGGACGAAGUCGUGCAAUGGGUAUAGCAAUGGGAGGCGCCGCCUUUGGUAUUCUGGUCGGCUACCCAUUCGGUAGUUUCACGUACACUUUCGUUGGGAAGACUGUGGCGUUCCUCAUUAUAGCUGGCGUGGUGCUCCUUGAUUUAGGAAUGCAGUGGUUUGUGUUUGGACUACAGAACAGGAAAGAGUCACAAGGGGAAGUAACACCACUUCAAGUUCUACUCAAAGAUCGCUACAUAAUUAUUGCAUCAGGUGCUAUUAUGCUGACCACAAUGUCCAUGUCAGUUCUGGAACCAACAGUACCUCUCUGGGUUAUGGGGUUCAUGCAUGUGGAAAACUGGGAGCUAGGUUUGAUAUUUUUACCAGACAGCGUUGGUUAUUUCGUUGGCACUAACUGUUUUGGAGUAGUGGCUAGAAAUAUAGGAAGAGCGAUGUGCACACUCUGUUGCAUGCUGAUGAUUGCCCUGUGUCAGAUUUGU